CUUUCUCCUACCGCUAUAUUCGUUCCACACUUCCAUGUGAGGUUGUUACUAUGGACUUACGUUGUACUACGUACUUGGCUACCGCUAAUACACAACUCGCCUUAGUCGCCUAUAUAACUAAGUGUUACUCAAACAGUCAUUUCAUCAAAAUACAACAACAUUCAUUCUCUAUUCUAUUAACCUUUUUCAUUAUUCAAUAAGCUUCUUCCGCUUUCUCUGUUUUUGAAGCUAACUAAAAUGAGCAAAUUAGCAUUAGCCAUAUCUACUAUUUUGCUAGGAUUAUGUUUCUUAAACAUCAGUGUUCACGCCUUUGUGGCUUCGGGCUGGCAAAAGGCUCAUGCCACAUUUUAUGGCGGUAGUGAUGCUUCUGGAACCAUGGGGGGAGCUUGUGGGUACGGAAACCUGUACUCUAAUGGCUAUGGGACUAGUACUGCGGCUCUGAGUACUGCAUUAUUCAACAACGGUGCUGCCUGUGGGCAAUGCUAUAAGAUCAUGUGCGACUAUAAGACUGAUCCCAAGUGGUGCAGGAAAGGAACUUCUGUCACUAUUACAGCCACAAACUUCUGCCCUCCUAACUAUGCAUUGCCAAACAAUGCUGGAGGCUGGUGUAACCCACCUCGCCAGCACUUCGACAUGGCACAACCUAUCUGGGAAAAGAUUGGCAUCUAUAGAGGUGGAAUCAUUCCUGUCAUGUUCCAAAGGGUUCCUUGUAUAAAGAGAGGAGGAGUUAGAUUCAGCAUCAAUGGAAGAGACUACUUUGAGCUUGUAUUGAUUAGUAAUGUAGGCGGAGCAGGAUCCAUUAAAUCUGUAUCGAUAAAGGGAUCGAAAACAAACUGGAUGGGUAUGUCAAGAAACUGGGGGGCUAAUUGGCAGUCAUUAGCUUACCUUAAUGGACAAUCUUUGUCCUUCAGAGUCACCAUUACUGAUGGCCAAACACAAACUUUUAAUAAUGUAAUUCCUGCUAAUUGGAGGUUUGGUCAAACAUUUUCGAGUCGUGUACAAUUCAAGUAAUAUUCGCGCUUGCAGUACAUGAAGUAUCAAGUAUGAACUGUGUGGGUUUAAUAAGCCAGGAUUAUGAUAGGCAGAGGUGUGCUCAUUUCUUUUCUUUUUUUUCUCACUGAAGCUGCCCGCCAAAUCUAUCAUUUGUAAUAGCAACUAUAAUUAAUAUGUUGCUUUUACCAUAUACAAAUUAUACAAAAUCUUUUGUAAUUUCUUUUGUGUGAUUACUUAGUGGCAGUGAUUGAAUUCAAUUGCUUGUUUGUGAAUUCAAAUCUUGUCCUACCUCAAUACAAUGUCAAUAAAAAAUAGAUACUACUUUUAUCUA